UCGAUGAUGUGUCAUCCGUUUGUGAGAGGAGAAAAUCGCAAUAAAUAACAAUUAAACCUUAUUGCAGCGAAGAAAGUUUCGCCCCGAUUUGCUUUCCGGAUUUAGUUGCUGCAUGAAAACGACACCAAAAAUUGAAAAAAGAGGAAUUUAGUUAAGUUAAGGCGCAUUUUAAAUGCAAUUUUGAAUUAGAAACACACAAAAAGGCGAAAAAAUGGCGAAUUUAAAGACGGAUUUGGAUCAGUACCUGUUGUUGCAAAGCGACCAGAAGAAAACCAACUUUAGCAUACCCAAAAUAUCGACACCGACGUUCCGAUGGUUUCGCCGAGACCCCGAAAAUAGUUGGUUGCAGCAAGAUGGGCAGCAGGAAUGUUGCCCGAAGUUGACACGAAUACAAAGGAUCCUGGGUUUCUUGAUAUUUAUGGGAUUAGGAGUUUUUUGUAUGAUCUUAUCGACAAUUUACAUCCCAGUUCUUGUGCUAAAAGCACGUAAAUUCGCCCUUUUGUACACAAUGGGGAGCUUAUGUUUCAUAAUUAGUUUUUCCUUCCUGAGUGGCUUCAAGACGAUGCUAAAGCAGAUUUUUGCGCGCGAGAAACUUUUUGUCUCCAUCAGUUACGUUCUUUGUCUCAUCCUGACACUGUAUUUUGCGAUUUUUCUGCAAAGUACGCCGUUAACUGUGCUCGCAGCCGUUGCACAAGUGAUCUUUUUAUUUUUGAACAUUGUCGCGAUGGUACCUGGCGGCACUUCUGGCAUCAAAUUCUUCGGACAAAUGUUCAAAAGUAGCGUCUCCAAUACAUUGCCUGUCUAAAUAUGUAAAAAAAAUUGAAUAUAUA